AUGGCCGGCUACACCUAUGACACGAGUGGACAGUCCUACUUCUUCCUCCUGACCGUCCUCCUCCUCGUCCUCCUCCCCUUCACCUACGCGACCCUGUUCGGCGGCGCAGAGCGCGCAGCAGCCCGCGUCAAGGCGCCCUGUCAAGCCUGGAACCGCAAGACGCCCGAGGCGAGGAGGGCCGGUGGGGCAAAGGGAGCCGUCGGCGUCCGGCACUUCCUGCUCGCGGUCGGCUGGGUCGCGCUCGCCGUCGUCGUCCAGCGCGCGCUCCUCAUCGAGGGCGAGGGCGCGUCCUUUGACCCGUUCACGAUCCUCGGCGUCUCGGCUGGAGCGACCGAGAAGCAGAUCAAGAAGCACUACCGCAAGCUGUCGCUCAAGUUGUCCCCACCCGGACAAGCUCACGCUCCCGAGAACCAGACCAAGGAGGAGGCCGACAGCCACUUUGUCGAGCUGACAAAGGCCUACAAGGCCCUCACCGACGACGUGAGCCGCCGCAACUACGAGCUGUACGGCCACCCGGACGGCAAGCAGGAGUUCAGCUCCGGCAUCGCCCUCCCGGCCUGGAUCGUCGAGAGCAAGAACUCGCCGUUCGUCAUCGGCGCCUACGCCCUCCUUCUCGGCGUCGUCCUCCCCGUCCUCGUCGGUCGCUGGUGGUACGGCACGCGCAAGCUCACCAAGGACGGCGUCCUCAACUCGACCGCGUCCAAGUACUUCCACGCCCUCAAGGAGGAGUCGACGUUCCCGCAGCUCGUCGAUGUGCUCGCCUCGUCGGACGAGUUCGCCGUCAACCCGAAGCUCGUCAAGCUCCGCAAGUCGCCGAGCAAGGCCGCUGUCGACGAGUACGCGCGCCUCGUGUCAACUGUGCGCGAGGGCGUCGACGGCCAGGCGGGCUGGGACGGCUACGCCACGUGGACGCCGGCCAAGAAGCGUGCCCGCGUCAUGAUUGCCGCGUACCUCCUUCGCUUGCCGAUCAAGGACGCCAACCUCCUCAAGGAGAAGUACCUCACCGCCUCGAUCGCCCUCCCCCUGUGCUCGGGCCUCGCCUCGAUCGCGCUCGCCCACAACUGGCUCUCGACCUACAUCUCGAUCCUCCACCUCCAGCAGUUCCUCCUGCAGGCCGUCCACCCGUCGUCGUCGCCGCUCCUCCAGCUUCCGCAUGUCACGCCCGAACUCGCCGCCGCCGCCAAGAAGCAGGGCGUCGAGACGGUCAAGCAGUUCGGCGAGCUCGACCGUGCCCAGGUCGACAAGAUCCUCAACGGCCUGCCCGAGGGCGACAAGAAGGACGCGCACGACGUCGCGAGGAGCUGGCCGAUUGUCGACGUCGUCGGCGCCAAGUUCGAGGUCGCCGGCGAGAAGGUCGUCACGCCGGGCGCCAUCGUCUCGUUCGAGCUCAAGUUGCGACUCGCGCCUCCCGGGACCAAGCGCACCACGCCCGAGGUCGUCAGCAUCACGCACGACACGGCCGACGAGGGUGGCGAGCAGUCGGUCGACGAGCUCAUCGGGCGCAGGAGCAAGAAGGAGGACGGCGUCGUCCCGACCCCGAUUGCGCACGCACCUCACUUCCCCAAGAACCGCAAGCCGGCGUGGCACAUCUUUGUCGGCGACCACAAGCUCAAUCGCGUCUUUGUCGCGCCGUACCGCUUCACCGACAUGGGCGCGUCGGCGACCCGCACCGUCCGCAUGUCGUUCCAGGCGCCUCCCGGCCCGGGCCUGUACACGUUCCAGGUCUACGUCGCGAGCGACUCGUUCGUCGGGACGGGCGCGCAGAAGGACAUGCGCAUGAAGGUCGAGCAGCCCAAGGAGGACGACGACGAGGGCAUCGACGACGAGGACGACGACAUCAGCGAGCCGGACGAGGACUCGCUCGCCGGCCAGAUGGCGCUCAUGAAGGGCCUGCCGGUCAAGCGGCGCGACGACUCGGACGGCGAGGACGGGUCGGGAGCAGACGACGACGAGGACAGCGAGACGGACUCGGAUUCGGACAGCGACUCGAGCUCUGACGACUCGGACAGCGACUGA